GCACCACUCUCAACCCUCCAAAUGCCUUCAUUGUCAUUCAAUUUCAAACCCCUUCUAAUGACGAAGAGGCUCAGACCCACUCCACCCUCCACUCCCUCCGCCAAGCCACCGCCGUUGCCAUCGCCGCCGUCUCCUCCCACCCCUCAGCUCUCCCAUUCAAAACCAACCACCGUCUCCGUCCACUACUCUUCCAAAAACCGAAACAAAACCCUAACCCCACAAUCCUCAUCAUCCUUCAAUUGGGUCUCUCUAAAUCUCACCAAAUCAGAACUCGCUCUGCCUCUCACUUUCCCCACCGGCCAAACCUUCCGCUGGAAACAAACUAGCCCCCUUCAGUUCACCGGCGUCGUUGGCUCUCAUCUUAUCUCUCUCAACCAUCUUCCAAACAGCGACGUUUCAUAUUGCCUUCACUCUUGUUCUACAUCCUCCUCCUCUGCCGCUGCCAGAUUGGCCUUGCUCGAUUUCCUUAACGCCGGCAUCUCCCUGAGUUCCAUUUGGGAGGUCUUCUUGGCGGCUGAUCCGAGAUUCGAUGUGUUGGCUCGCCAUUUGGAGGGGGCUCGAGUUCUCAGGCAAGACCCACUCGAAUGUUUGAUUCAGUUUUUGUGUUCUUCCAAUAAUAAUAUUGGGAGAAUCACCAAAAUGGUGGAUUACAUCUCAUCACUUGGGAAUUAUUUGGGUAAUAUUGGAGGUUUUGAUUUCUAUGAAUUCCCAUCUUUGGAGAGGCUGUCCUUGGUCUCUGAGGCCGAGCUUAGAGAGGCAGGCUUUGGUUACAGGGCUAAGUAUAUAAUUGGCGCUGUGAAUGCACUAAAAGCCAAACCUGGUGGAGGUGCAGAAUGGCUUCUGUCCCUUCGUGAUUUGGAUCUUGAAGAGGUGAUUGAAGCCCUUUCAACAUUACCGGGCGUGGGUCCAAAGGUAGCAGCUUGUGUUGCUCUCUUCUCUCUCGACCAGCACCACGCCAUUCCUGUCGACACACACGUCUGGCAGUUGAUUGAAAAGUUUCUUCUUGCGUGGGAUGAAAAGAUUGCUACAAGGUACCUUGUCCCAGAGCUUGCUGGUGCACGUCUAACGCCAAAGCUUUGCAACCGUGUGGCUGAGGCAUUUGUCAGCAAGUAUGGAAAAUAUGCUGGUUGGGCUCAAACUCUGCUUUUCGUUGCUGAUUUGCCUCAACAGAAGGCCCUCUUACCUGCAAAUCUUGAGAAUGCCAAAAGGAAAAGAUCUACAAAGCACCAGAAAGAUAAGGCACAUACGGGUAAUGUAGAUCAAUGAUGAAAAUUCUGAUUUCUCUUGUAGAGCAAGAUCCAUAGGCGUUACUCAAAGAUGUGAGAGGUUCGUUCAAAGUACAAACUGCCGGUAAAUGUGGGAUGAAAGAUGAUUGAUGUGAUUAGUGCUGAAUUUUCUUUCGGGUUUGCUUUGGCUUGUUGAUGGUGUUUUCUCCCGAAGGGAAAAUUCAAAAUUUAAUCCCCACUUUUGUGGAAGUCUCACAUUCCAUCCCUCUUUGAAGCAUUUCAAUUGUAAUAUGGUAGGAAAGUUCAGUAGCAAAAAAAAACAAAAAAAAGCUUUUCUGUGACGAGAGAACUGUGGUUGCAUUUCAUUGUUGAGAUUUGACAUGAAUCAUCGAUUUAUAAUUGAAGUAUUGCGUAAAUGUUUCUAGGACUUCUAAAA